AUGCUGGCGGCGCAGCUGCAGGACCUGGCGGAGCAGCGCCACGCUGACAGAGGCAGACGCGGCAGCCCCCCGACCCAGGCGCAGCCUCCCCCGCCAGGCGCCCUCCCGAGGCACGUGGCGCCCCCGCGCAGCGGCGGCGCCGCUGCCGAGCAGCGGCGUGGCGGUGGCGGCCACCCGCCAGACGACGCGCACGGCGGGGCCGUCCAGCGCGGCCUCACCCGACCAUCCGGGACGCGCAGCCGGCGGCCGCUCGGGCCGGCGGGAGGCCGCGGCCGGCGCUCUCCGGGCGGCAGCGCCACGAGGCGGAGCACGACCGGGGCAAGAGCUGGGACAGGCGCGAGGAGAUGCUGA